AUGGCUUCCGACGAGGACAGACUACGCGCCAAAGUGGCAAAACUUAAUGCAUCUCUCGAUGAGCUUGAGACUCAGCUGGACCCUCUAUUCACCAAGAGCCUUCCCGAGACUCUUGUAGCCCUCGAAACCAUCCAACAAGCCAAACUACAAGUGGUCCUUCCAUAUGUACUAUACGACCUUGUAUUCGUAUACCUGAAAACACGAGGAAUUGAUCCCAAGACCCAUCCUGUCAUCGGUGAACUGGAUCGCGUCCGACAAUACUUUGACAAAAUCAAGAAUGCAGAAGAUUCCGAAGAGAAAAGCAAGGAGAGGCUUGGUAUUGAUAAAGCAGCGGCUAGCAGGUUUAUUAAACACGCCAUUGCCCAAGCAAAGCUAGUAAAAGCUGAAGAACCAAGCAAUACGGCACAUGGACCUGCUUCUAGUAGCAGUGAACGGGUUCCAGUAAAAAUUACCAGUAAAAUGGCGGAGCGUGCAGAGUACGAGAAGAACCUGAAGGAAUUGGGAAGUGAAGAGGAAGAGGAUCUUGAAGUAUUCGUUGAGGCUGAGGUGUCGGGCGACGACGACGCGAUGGAAGAAGAAGCGUCACUGCUGCCACCACAGGACAAGGGGAAAUCACGAAUGGUUGAAAGAGAAGUCCCAGAACAUGAAGAACAAGUAGGCGGGAGACGGAAGCGACAACGGAUAGAUCCUUUCGCAGCCUCAGGUAAGUCUUGA